GAGACGCGAAGAGGGCUGCUUAAAGGCAGUCAGCGAGCGAGUGCAGCUGCACGGCGCGCACUCCUCUCGCGUCGCGAAGCGCGGCAACUCCGAACUUGGAUCGCGCGCGCGGCGCUGGACGACUGCGAGAGGUGCACACGACUAUAUACACGACUAUAUAGAGUCGCUCUCUCGCACUCUCUGCGCGGUACAUAUAGUGGCGGAGAGCCGGCUCGCGGAUAGCCAGUAGUCGGUUGGCACUCCGGCAGCGAGCAGCAACGGGAGCGAGCGACUACAUUACAUAGGCAGCAGCACAAAAGCAGCAGGAAGAAAGAGAGCGGGGAGAGCCCUCGACGAGAGUCGGCAAUCGUUGGCUAUAAGCAGAGGAGUGCGCGCGUGGUAGUAAAAUACAUGCCAGUGUCAGUUGUGUUGUUGCCUUGUUGCGAGUAGUGACUCAGUGCGGUAUCUCUCUAGCUCUCUUUUACUCUCUCGUACUCUUCAGCUCAGCUGCGACCAUGAUCCUGACCUAGUGCACGGUGCGAAAAUUUUUGCAAACCUCGUUGCCGCCGUGGAUGUAUAGAGAGAUGACGACGAUUGGCCGGAUGAGCGAGCUCGGCCCUCACACUCAGCCGUUGUAGUCACGUCGCGCGCACGCACAGGAAGAAGAUCGAGUCGAAGAAUAUAUAGUCGACGAAUGCGGCAUUCGGGCGCUUGGGUCGAGCUGGAGGAAGCAUCAUUAUGCCCUCGAAGAAGCAGUAUAAUCUCGUGCAGAAUGACGAAAACGACACGCGCAUCCCGCUGCACAGCGACGAGGCAUUCCAUCGUGGCAUCGUUUUUCACGCCAAGUUCAUUGGCUCGCUGGAAGUGCCACGACCGACCAACAGGCUCGAGAUCGUCGCAGCGAUGCGUCGAAUUCGCUACGAGUUCAAGGCCAAGGGAAUCAAGAAGAAGAAAGUCACGCUCGAGGUAUCCGUCGACGGCCUCAAGGUCACAUUAAGAAAGAAAAAGUUUCCGGUGCUGCAGAAGAAGGAACACAAGACCGACGAGAGCAAGCUGGUAUUGAUGCAGCACCCGAUCUACAGGAUAUUCUACGUUUCGCACGACAGUCACGACUUGAAGAUCUUCAGUUACAUCGCCCGCGACGGCAGCGACAAUUCCUUCAGGUGCAACGUCUUCAAGUCGAGCAAAAAGAGCCAAGCGUUAAGAGUCGUGAGGACGGUCGGCCAGGCCUUCGAAGUGUGCCAUAAGCUCAGCAUCAACGGGCCUCCGAACAGCAACGAGCAGCAGCACCAGACCGACGACAGUCUGGACGACGGUGAAUACAGGGACGAGAACUGCGAUCUCAUACAGACCCAGUCAUCUCCUAACUCGCUACACAAAGAUAUCUCGUUGCUCGGAGACGAGCUGAAUGAAUCGAUCUUGGAUCAACCAUGCCCGAUGCGACCUCUGCAGCAGCAGCCGCAGCAGCAAAGCCACCAAGAGAUAGCGGGACUAACGACUGCUGAUUUAGUCUCUACGAGCAGCCACGCAACGACGACGAUGACUGCUGCUUUAGUGACACCGGCCUCACUUUUCGGACAGACGCCUUUGACUCCGAAAUUAUCCGAGCAAGCAGUCAACGCCGAGCUGACAACUCUGAGGCACGAGAUUCAGCUGCUUCGUGAGCGUCUGGAGCAGCAGAGUCAACAAACUCGAGAAGCCGUGGCGCACGCUCGACUCCUUCAAGAUCAAUUAUCAGCGGAAACCGCAGCUAGAGUCGAGGCUCAGUCCCGAACGCAUCAACUGUUGAUGCACAACAAAAAACUGCUCGAGCACAUCACGAGCCUGGUAUCGCAUCUACGCGAGCAGGAGCAAAUGGCCGGCGUCCAGCAGUUGAUGCCGGGUGUCGUGACGUCGAGCCAGGGACAGACACCGAAUCCACUGCCGGACAUCGCCGGUCUCGGACAGUUAUGUCCGGUCACAGCAGCAGCAGUGUGGAGCGCGCCGGCAGUUUGUACUUUGAUACCUUAUCAUUGUUCUCGUUGCCCAGCUUUUCAACAUCCUCCCAUCCAAGCGCUCUGCUGCCCUCAAGGGCUCGAGCAAACUAUUCCGACAUCGACAAGAAACAACGACGCGGAACAGACGCGAUUAUUGAAUGACCUGCAAAAAGCUCGCUCGAAAUUCUGCGCUUUCCAGUCACCACCAGUGCAUAGUAAUUCGUUACCGCAAUCGCCUUUGCAUACGGCGCUUAGUGGACGCAAUGAAGCCGUAGAUUGCGCGACUUUGCCCCGAAGCAGAGUCUCGAAUUUCGAAAGAUCUCGACCAAUACCAGCGCCGCGGAAAAAGCCAGUCGACAAAUUUGAUCAACGAACGCCGACUCCGACUCCUCGAGUUCGAGAAGCAAAAGAAACGACAUUCAUCAAGCCUCUAGCGAUAAAUACCCAACUUCGUCGAAAAAGCACAACCGAUAAGCUGUCAGGAACUAUACGAGCCAGCGACCUCGUGAUACCAAAAUUUCGAAGCAAAUUAGCGACCCGGUCAAAUUUGCCGGAAGAUUUGGAUUCGCGUCCAAUUUACGAUGACGCACCGACGAUACCUGAAGACAACUAUGAUUAUCCUGUGAUAACAUUGAGCGUCUCGAAAGACAAAACCAACGCUUCGGUGCCCAAAAUUCGAGACGAUGAAAUGUGGCCGGACGACGAAGAGACAGUGAGAAUGAAUGAUUUGAUCCAAAAUACAAAUAGCCUGAGUUUGACGGUGCCAAACUUUAGACGCAAUAGUCACUAGCAUAUUGUAUAAAAAAACGAUGGCCAUUUAUGUAAAAUCAAUGUGAUAUGUAACUCGAUUUUUUCUAUUUUAAAUGUAUGACUUGUGAUAAUCGUGUAUUUUUAUCAUCAAAAAGUUUCAAAUGUUUAGUGCCAAUUCAAGGAUUUUGAAUGCCAAAACAUAUUUUGUAUUUUACACUCAUAGUUUUAAAUAUCUCUUAACAUAACCAGAAAUGACUAGAUGCAAAAUCAAUAAAAUAAAAAUGUAAUAAUUUUAAUCAAUAUAAAAUUAUUGCACAUGAGCGUCGUUGUGUAAAGAUUUCUCGAUUUAUUGUAGUUGCAUUUAUUAAUAAUAUACAAAUAAUACUCAUGUACACAAGAAUAAAGUGUCAAAAAUUCAAAAGUGCUAAAGAAGAUCAAUCUCAAAUGCUCAUUCAUACAACACGACUAUUUUUAUUAAAAACGGUAGGUAUUUAGGGGCUAUAGAACUUAAUUUUUGUUCCUCCAUUUUAAUAAUAACACAUACAGAAAAUGAUGAAGAAUUCUAACAAACAUUCCGCGAAUAAUUUUAAAGUGGUACUUGCUUGUAAAAUUGUAAUUAAAAGAUGCUUGACAUCAUAAUUGUUUGCGAUAAAUUUUUAAAAUUUCGUUGAUUAUAAGAUGUCUAAGAAGUAAAAUUAAAGCAUGAUGUAGCAAUUAAAUUGAGUAAUUAAUUCAGUAAAUGAAAAUUAAGAAUUAUUGUAUAAAGAAAACAAAAAUAUUCGACUACUGCCUUGAUAAAGAAUUGACAAGGGAAGAUAGAAUAACGUUUAUGCACGCGGCAAUAUAACUUAAUAUAAAAGAAUUUUAGGUGACAGCGACAAGUAUAGUUCUUAUCAAUAGUAAAAUUAUAUCGGAUAAAAAAAUUCAACAAAAAUCUAUUUGAAUAAGUUAAUUUUCAUUGUCUAUAUUUUAUGGAUAGUAAAAGUUAAUAUUUAUAAGACAGCUGUUGUGGUCA